AUGUUCAAGUUUUUCGUCUUCAUCUCAGAACAAUGCCGAAGAGCCCGCGGUGCGCGUCCCCCCCAGAUACACACACCUGCUUACUGCUGCGCCCCGCGCGGCCACGGCCGCCGCGGCGCCCCUACUGCCCGCUCGCGCAGUUUGUCGCACUCAGCCAACACGCAGCCAAAUUUCGGCCCAGCCGUUCAGCCCCUCGCUUCCCGGGUAGAGGGGAAAAGAGAGAGGGGUGGGCAGCGCCAGCGGCGGGCAGGGACACUCUAUCCGCCCGGGGGUGCCGCAGCUCCUCUUCAACUCCUGGCAGGGAGAGAAGGAAGCGGCCGCGCAAGAGGGCAGCCGGGGAAGCUUGCGGCUGGAGAACCGGGAGGGGUGGAGCGUGAGGAUACGCCGCGAGGAGAGAGGGGCGCACUGGACCGGGUGGGUGGGCAGGACGGGCUAGAAGCGCGGGACUCCCGGCAAACGCAAGACAGCGCGGGCAUAAGGGACGUGGGAGGAAGUAGGGGGGGGGCAAGGUGCAGGAGUAGGGGCUGGAAAGGACGGACCUCCCCGAGGGUUCGGGAAGGCGGGCGCCCAGGGGUGCUGGGGGCGCGAGGCGGCGUACCAGGCGGGCAGGAGAGGGGAAGCCUCCCGGCAAACGUCCAGGAGGGCUCGGCGUGGCGCUCAAGUUUGGGGCUGCGGGCCCUAGAUCCAAAAAGACAAAUGCGGGGAGGGGUCGUGCGCUGCAACGUAGGGGAGACCCGGGGAAGAGUAAUCGCCGGGAAAAGCAAAUGGAGGGUGAAACUUGUGCGCCUACCGGGGGGAGGGGAGCAAGCAGGCGAGUGCGGGCAGGAACACGAGGCGGGGCAGGAAAACCGAGGCGGCCGCGAGGCGGUGGGGACAUAG